AUGCUUGUAAUUGAACCAAGUGUAGCGAGUGGUCCGAUCAGAGACUACAUUGAUGGGACGGAUGUUCUACCGGUGGGAAUCAGCGAUGUACUACAAGGUCCCAUAUGGAAGUAUCAUGUAUCGCAGCCCAUGUUUAACCAUAGUAAAGAGGUCGUCGCCCCUGUAACCGCUCAUAUCGUAAGCCUCGCCGCUGAAGAAGGCUUGUUCAGCAUUUGCUCGCAAAAUCCCGACCGGUUUAGGUCGUCCACGGGAGCCGUCAGGUCCGAUUCAGGUCUAUCUGCUCAGGAGUGUGAGGGCCCAGCCCGGCACAAGUUCAGCACGGCAGGUGCUACUUUGUUGAUGGAGAUCUAUCGACGUCAGCCGGCACUAGACGAUAGCUCCAUGUACAUGCGGUUUCGAGAUGUCUCUGGAGAUGCUCCGUCUGGUGCCGCAGACACUGUUCGCGCCGCCAUAGAACGGAUGGUCAAGGAGAUCAAGGAGUUUGAGAAGGCGUAUAGGAAGUGA